AUGGUAUGUCACAAUGAAGAUCUUUACGCAGAAAUUGAUGUGGUUUACCGGCGGUUGACACGUGGAAGAUAUCAACAUCUUGCACCGCCAUCGAAAGCGACUAAAGUAAAUCGUCUUCGCUUCUUUGGUCAUAUAUUAAGGAGACCGGCAGAUCGCCUUGUUCAACGAAUUCUGAAGAGUUUGUCGGGUUCGAGCUGGAAGAAGCCACCUGGCCGAAAACGGAAGUUCUGGAGUGAGGUGGUGAAAGAGGACUUGAGGACACUCGACGUGGAUAGGCAGUUCAGGCGAGACGUAAGGUUUCGCAGAAUAUGGAAUGGCGACGAAUGA